AUGAACAGUCUGGUGGCCACACCUCCUGUUCCUCCUCAUUUCUACGAGCACUCUCGAUUCUCUCCCUCCCGUAUAAUGUCGACACCUUCAUCAUCCUACACCAGCCGCAAGCGGAAAGCCGAUGAUGAUGGCAAUGACCACGAUGGACGCAUGUCCGCCUCUCCUACCAACUCGCCCGCCUUUACUCCUCGUCAGCUCCCUUCUUCCUUCCGCAACAUCAAACGAUCCCGACCAAAUGUCUCUGGCAGACCUCUUGCUCUUCCCCGUCUCCUAGAGACCUUGGACACCGAUGCCCUCCGAACCGUCGUCCGGACCAUGUGCGAGCGUCACCCCCAGCUGGCCGAUGAGGUGGCCCACACUUCUCCUCGUCCAAGCGUCUCCUCCACCCUCCAGGUCCUUCGGAACUAUCAGGCUGUCCUCCAGUCAUCUUUCCCUCUCGGUGGCAAUACUGAGUCCGACUACGCCUACAACAGAGUUCGUCAGCCACUCACAAACCUCCUCGAGGCUCUAAGCGACUUCACCCCCAACUUCCUCCCUCCCAACGAAACACAGCCCUCCGUCUCCCUCAGCUACUUGGACGGAGCCACGGAUAUCAUCCACGCCCUGCCCCGCUGGAGCACACCACAGAACAAUAUCGAACGAGACUCGGCCUACGAUGAGAUCUGCAAGGCCUGGAUCCUGGUGAUCCGGGAGGCAGGAAAGCGUGGCGGUGGCAUCCAGCUGCAGUACGGAGGAUGGGAUCAGAAGCUCGCCAAACACAACCACACAUCGGGAGGCAAGCUUCAGGCCGCCAUCAACGAACUUGGCUCGAGCCUGGGGUGGAUGAAUGGACCACAAGAUUCCCAAUCUCACAGCCCCGGCGGCAGCGAACUUGGCUCUAUACGGGACCAGUUGUUCUCCGGCACCUAUGGCCUCGGAACUCCCGUCAAAGUCGGUCCCUGGUGA